AUGUUCUCCGGUAUCACCUUAUCCAGAACUUUGCGUUCGAUCCGCCCGGUUCUCAAGGGUAUCUCCUCUGCCAGAGCCCCAGCCUUGUCCAGAUCUUAUGCCGUCAGCUUUGACCGUUCCAAGCCUCACUUGAACGUCGGUACCAUUGGUCACGUCGAUCACGGUAAGACUACCUUGACCGCCGCCAUCACCAAGUGUUUGGCUGACAAGGGUCAAGCCGACUUCUUGGAUUACAACUCCAUUGACAGAGCUCCAGAAGAAAGAGAAAGAGGUAUCACCAUUUCCACCGCCCACGUCGAAUACGAAACUGAAAAACGUCACUAUGCCCACGUCGAUUGUCCAGGUCACGCUGAUUACAUUAAGAACAUGAUUACUGGUGCCGCCCAAAUGGACGGUGCUAUCAUUGUUGUUGCUGCUACUGAUGGUCAAAUGCCUCAAACUAGAGAACAUUUGCUUUUGGCUCGUCAAGUUGGUGUUCAACACCUUGUUGUGUUUGUCAACAAGGUCGACACCAUUGAUGACCCAGAAAUGUUGGAAUUGGUUGAAAUGGAAAUGAGAGAAGUCUUGACUCAAUAUGGUUUUGAUGGUGAUAACACCCCAGUCAUCAUGGGUUCUGCUUUGUGUGCUUUGGAAGGUAGAGAACCAGAAAUUGGUGAAAAGGCUAUUGCCAAAUUGUUGGACGCCGUUGACGAAUACAUCCCAACCCCUGUUAGAGACACUGAACAAUCUUUCUUGAUGCCUAUUGAAGAUGUCUUCUCCAUUUCUGGUAGAGGUACCGUUGUUACUGGUAGAGCCGAACGUGGUACUUUGAAGAAGGGUGAAGAAGUUGAAAUUGUCGGUUUCAACAAGGUCCCAUUGAAGACUAUUGUCACUGGUAUUGAAAUGUUCAGAAAGGAAUUAGACUCUGCUAUGGCUGGUGAUAACGCUGGUAUUUUGUUAAGAGGUAUCAAGAAGGAACAACUUAGAAGAGGUAUGGUCAUGGCUAAGCCAGGUACCCUCAGUGCCCACACUAAGUUCUUGGCCUCCAUUUACGUUUUGACUAAGGAAGAAGGUGGUAGACACUCUCCAUUUGGUGAAUUCUACAGACCUCAAGUCUUUAUCAGAACCGGUAACGUCACCACAACCUUGACUUUCCCAGAUGGUGAAGAUGUCGACCACUCCAAGCAAGUCUUCCCAGGUGACAACGUUGAAAUGCAAUGUGAAUUGGUUGCCCCAACCCCAAUUGAAGUUGGUCAACGUUUCAAUAUCAGAGAAGGUGGUAAGACCGUCGCCACUGGUUUGGUCACUAGAAUGAUCGAGUAA